GAGUAAAGGUUUCUCUUUGUUGCUUAUCUAGUCUUGUUGAAUGGAUCAGUUUGAAUCCUACACAGCGGACAUCAGGGAGAGAAUCAAGUUCUUCAUUGAAAGUCAUCCUCUGCCUUGUACAAAUAAAUUUAAGCCCCGCAAGAGUGUCCCACGCAAAAACCCGCCCAUCUCCUCGCUUUAUUACCUCGACUACAACCACCGACUGGCUGAGCUGGGGCUGGAGCACGAACCAACUGAGCUCCGAUUCAAUGGCCAGAGGUUCACUUUUCGGAAAGGGAGAUGGGUGUCCCACAGCCGAGACAUGGACAACAGCAGCCAGAGCGAUCUGGUGAAGAAUAUGAGAGAGAGGAACCGGCUCCUUCAGGAGCAGAACAACAUCUUGACCCUGAAGAUGGAAACGCUGAUGGACAUGUUGACGGAGACCACGGCCAACCUGCUGCUUCUGGAAGGGGGGAAUGAGAGCACGAAGGUGGGAGAAUCCCAGAGCAGCACCAGGAGGAAGGGCGUGGAGACAGAAGAGGAGGAUGUCACUUGCGAGUACGAGGUCGUUGAGUCGACAGAUGAUCAAACCGAAGGCGGGAGCCGGAUGGGGGUGAAAUUGCCACUGAGCGACGACGUCUAUGAAUACGACGAGGACUCAACACCGAGUGAUGAGGAGUCUGAGGCCGAGCGACCGAUGACAAAGUGCGAGAUCUUCCGGAAAAACUUCCUGGAAAAAUCCAAAGGUGAGAAAGCCGGUCAGGCAGCAAUAAAAACCCAUGAGAAGGAGCGAGCGGGUCAGAAAGACUCCAAGGCCGGCAAGGAACUCCCCCCCAACAAUGUCAGGAAACCCAAGGCCAAGAAAGCCGGGAAGAGUCCCGGACUUCGCCCCAGCCCCCGAACGAUGUCCUACGAUAAACUGGCCAACUCUGGGAGCGAGAAGGCAACCAAACGGGACCCAAAGCCCAAUCUAAAGCGAAGUGAGAGGAUGUAUGAAAUCAAAGUCCCUCCCAAAUCUGGAAUUGUGCUUCCACAAACUUCCAAGGUCAAAAUAAAAUCCAGGAAGUAA